AUGGCCAUCAACACAGACACAGAAUACCAGAAGACCAACUUGGGAGAAGGUGGAGGGAGCACCCAGCCGACAGCAGACUCCCAUGAGACAGAGAAGCUGCUGGCUGUGACCACUGAACCAGGAGGCAACGGGAUGAAGACCUCCGCCUCUUUCAGUGCGAGUAGGGACAAGGGUUUGGACACAGAUCAGAAUGGACACAACAUUCCCAUGCGGUCUGGUUCUGCCGGACACCUGGCUGCGGCUGCCCCCCUGUCUCCAUCUCGGGCCAGUUUGAGUCGUUCCUCCAUUGGAAAUGCCACGGUCCAAGAAGCCCCCUUACCCAAGGACUACCUCAUCCUGGUCAUCUGCUCCUGCUUCUGCCCUGUGUGGCCCAUCAGCAUUGUGGCAUUGGUCUACUCUAUUAUGUCCAGGAACAGUCUGCAGAAUGGGGACAUGGACGGCGCUCGGAGACUGGGACGACUGGCUCGCCUCCUCAGCAUCGUCUCCAUCAGUCUGGGCCUCCUGGGCAUCAUUGUCUUUGUCUCAGUCAAAUGGAGAAAGUAA